AUGUGGAAGCUGAUCUCCAGAAUCACAUCAGCCAAGUGUGGACCCAAAUGCCGUCGUCUGCUGGCGGAACAGCGUCUGAAUUGUCGUCGUCUGCUGGCGGAACAGCGUCUGAGUCACCGUCAUCUGCUGGCGGAACAGCGUCUUAGCCGUCGUCAUCUGCUGGCGGAACAACGUCUGAGUCGUCGUCGUCUGGUGGCGGAACAGCAACGGAAGCGCCGGGGACACUGGGAACUGAAGCGCCGGGGACGCAGGAAACGGAAGUGCCGGGGACGCAGGAAACGGAAGCUCCGGGGACGCAGGAAACGGAAACUUCGGGGAAGCAGGAAACGGAAGCUCUGGGGACGUAGGAAAUGGAAGCUCCGGGGACGCAGGAAACGGAAGCUCAGGGGACGCAGGAAACAGAAACCUGGGGCUAAAUGGUGA